AUGGCGAAUUCCAUGGUGCCAACGCUGCUACAUCGCCUAGUUCUUGCAUUGCUCCUCCUGCUGCUGCCUCUCCUUAAUUCCGGGCAAGCCGAGGGCCGCGCCACGCCUGCAGCAGCAGCACGCCGCGGCACUUCGCUAAGAUCCCAAGCUGGGGCGCUUCUCCACUGGAAAUCAUCCAUCAAGUACUCCUCCAAGCACCAGCUGGGAACCUGGGGAGACGACGGCAUGUACCCGUGCAACUGGACCGGCAUCACCUGCGGGGACACUCUGUCAAGCAGAGGAACCAUGGUGAAGGUCAUCACAGGAAUUUCCCUUGAUGGUGCCAGCAUUGCAGGGCGACUGGACAAACUGAGAUUCCAGUCGCUCCCUUACGUUGUCAACCUCGAUCUUAGCGACAACUACCAUCUCUCCGGUGCCAUCCCUCCAGGCAUCGGCUCUCUUUCCAUGCUUUCCACCCUCAACUUCUCUGGUGAUCAGCUCAGCGGGCACAUACCUGCAUCAUUCUGCAACCUUGGACAGCUCACAGGGAUGGACCUCUCCAGCAACAAUCUCACCGGACAAAUCCCUCCUGCUUUAGGUAAUCUCUCAAGACUUGGUUUUCUUUAUCUACGUGGGAAUAGGCUCUCGGGUAACAUCCCCUGGCACCUCGAACAGCUUCAGAACAUGAGAGAGAUGGAUUUGAGCCUUAAUGACAUUUCUGGCCAUGUACCUUCCGCCCUUGCAAACCUGACCAACCUCGACUAUCUGGACCUUUCUGAUAAUCGUCUGUCAGGACCCAUACCUAAAGAACUAGGACACAUCCAAACCCUGCAAGAACUACACUUGGAGAAAAACAAUCUGAGCGGCACAAUUCCGCCCUCCCUUGGUAACCUGACAGUGCUCACAUACCUGACAGCAUAUCGGAACCAAUACACUGGUCCAAUACCGGCAGAGUUUGGGAUGCUCUCGAGCUUGAUUGGGUUGGACUUGUCAGAUAACCAUUUGACCGGCCCUGUUCCUUCUAGUGUUGCUGGAAAUCUUACUUCAGUGACCUAUUUUUCUCUUUUUGGUAACCACAUAACCGGAUCCAUCCCUCAUGAGUUUGGGAAUCUCGUGAAUCUGGAAACCCUUGCCCUCUCGGACAAUUUGAUAGUUGGAUCAGUGCCAUCAAGUAUUGGGAACAUGUCUUCACUCAAACAAUUAAUAAUACAUAACAAUAGUAUCUCCGGGGAAUUGCCGACCGAGUUUGGAAAUUUGCUAAAUUUGGAGUAUCUUAUGUCCUAUGAAAACCAAUUGUCCGGCUCAAUCCCUCCAAGUUAUGGAAAAUUGGUCAAGAUGACACAAAUGCGACUGUUCAACAACCAGCUCUCCGGCCCUGUGCCUCCAGCACUGUCCAACCUUACCAAUUUAGUCGUCAUUGCACUGGAUGACAACCAGCUGAUCGGACACUUGCCAGAUUUGUGCCAAAGUAAAAAGCUACAGGUUUUACAAGUUCAUAACAACAAUCUAGAUGGUCCUGUCCCAAAAAGCUUGAGGGAUUGCAGUUCAUUAACAUCGCUCAUGAUCGCCAAUAAUUAUAUUGAGGGAAACAUAACUGAAGCAUUUGGUGUGUAUCCACACCUCGAUACGAUCAAUUUAUCUUCAAAUAGAUUUGUUGGGCAGCUCUCGCCGAAUUGGGGCUCAUGUCAAAACUUGACAAGUAUUAAUUUUGCACACAAUAUGAUAGAAGGCAGUAUACCUUCUGAGGUUGGGGUGCUGAAAAAUCUUGGAAAGCUUAAACUGAGUUUCAAUAGGUUGACCAGUGAGAUACCACCGGAAAUUGGCAAGUUAAGCAACCUCUAUUGGAUGGAUUUAAGAAACAAUCAACUAUCUGGCCAGAUCCCUAAGCAAAUCGGCCAACUUAGCAAUCUUGAGAUUCUUGAUUUCUCAAGCAACCUGUUGAGCGGUAAAGUGCCAGAAGAGAUGGGAAAUUGUUUGAAACUGCAGUCAUUACAUAUGAAUAACAACAGCCUUAGUGGAAGUCUUCCUGGUAGUUUGGGCCAUUUAGCUUCCCUGCAAAGAAUGCUUGAUCUUAGCAUGAAUAGUCUCAGCGGACCAAUACCGUCAGAACUCAGCAACCUAGAGAUGCUGAUGUAUGUAAACUUCUCACACAAUCAAUUCAGUGGUGCAAUCCCUGCCUCCAUUGCAAGCAUGCAAAGCCUAUCAAUAUUUGAUGUUGCAUAUAACCUCCUUGAAGGCACUGUCCCAAAUGGGAUCCAGAAUGCAUCAGCUGAAUGGUUUCUCCACAACAAAGGUCUUUGUGGAGACCUUGUUGGACUGUCUCCUUGUGAUUUGCCCCCUGCAGAUCAUAGGCGAAAGCACCAAAAGAUUAUACUACCAGUCAGUCUAACUAUGUUUGUCGCUACUAUUUCAAUAACAGCAGGUGUGAUAGCCUUUAUGAUUUGCCGCAAGAAAGUACCUCAAAAUACUGAUGAUGUGAGCAAAAGGGAUGUAUUCUCUGUAUGGAGCUUUGAUGGCAGAAUAGCAUUUGAAGAUAUUAUCAAUGCAACUGACAAUUUCGAUAAGAAACAUUGCAUUGGAGAGGGAUCAUACGGCAGUGUUUAUGAAGCAAAACUUCAAGAUGAACAAGUGGUCGCAGUAAAGAAACUCCAUGCAGGCGAUGAAGAGGCACAAGAUGAAGAAAGAUUCCGGCAUGAGAUUGAAAUGUUAACAACAAUUCGCCAACGCAGCAUCGUCAAGCUAUAUGGAUAUUGUUCUCAUCCGCGGUUCCGGUUCCUUGUGUGCCAGUUUAUACAGAGAGGAAAUCUAGCUUCAACCUUAAGAAAUGAAGAACUAGCAAUCCAGUUCCACUGGCAAAGGAGGACAGCUUUAAUAAGAGAUCUGGCUCAAGCCAUCGCUUACCUCCAUCAUGAUGUUCACCCACCCAUAAUUCAUCGAGACAUCACAAGCAGAAACAUCUUACUAGAUACUGAUUUCAAAGCAUUUGUCUCGGACUUCGGUAUUGCAAGAAUGUUAAAACCUGAUUCGUCAAACUGGAGUGCACUAGCAGGGACCUACGGCUACAUAGCACCCGAAUGUUCCUACACUUCCCUAGUUACAGAGAAAUGUGAUGUAUAUAGCUUUGGCGUUGUGGUGCUUGAGGUGUUGAUGGGCAAACACCCUGGAGAUUUGCAGGCUUUUCAUUCUUCACUCGAGGACCAGUUUCUACUGGAAGAAAUUUUGGACAAACGACUUCCACAACCCGAAGCUGGGGAGGAAGAAGUGAGACGGUGCAUCUCCGUGGCAUUUGAGUGCCUAACUCCUUCACCCAAAGAAAGGCCAACUAUGCUGAAAGUUUAUCGAGAUCUUUCCAUCUGA